AUGAAUUGGUGUAGUGAAUCGUCGUUGGACCAAGUGCAUUUGUCGUCGGAGCCAAUUUAUCUCAUCGUUCAAAUUGCACAAAUUCUUCAAACAAUUGCCUGCCCAUUGCUGCUAUGGCUCAUGUCGCGUCGAUAUGGUCGUGUGUAUCUCAACGCGAAUUUAAAGUGUCUUUUAAACUUCCACAAGACCACAGCCAUCCUAUACUGCUUGUCGUUCUCUAUAAUCCAGACGUAUCAUGUUAUCUCCCGCCUAUUCCUCAAAGAAUGCGACCUUCUCGUGCCGGAUCGUGUGUGUAUUUGGUUUCGAAUCGUUCAAUCUUGGGCAACUAACGUAUUUCAAAUGUUUUAUAUCGCAGUUUCGCUUGAAGUUCUUCUUGGAAUUGCCGCUAAGAAGCUAUACAAUAGCAUAUGGACGGCAAGAUCGCUUGGAAUUUUAACGUAUAUUCUGAGCUUCUGCGCGGUGUUCCCUUCACUUGCCAUCGAUUUGAAAUCGACCAAUUUUCUUGCAAAUUGCGCCUCGUUCGAAAAUAAGGGAAAACUCCACUUGAAAACGAUAUUCAUGUGGUUCAUUUCUCUCGAUGUGCUCUCAUUAAUCUCGAUGAUUUGUCUGAAAUUAUAUAUCGAAUGUGUUCUGGCAAACAAAAGAUUUCAAUAUGACGUGAAUCGAAAAGUUGAACGCAAAGAGCUUCGCCGAUGCUUCAACCUGAUGCUUCCUAAUAUUAUUCUCCAUACCGCCUGCUAUUUGUACUUCUCAAUAAGUUGGAUGUUAAUUUUCGAUCAAUUCGAACAGCUCCAAAAUCCGCAAUUUCGAUCACUGAUUUCAAAUAUAAUUCCAUUUUACGUCUUCUGCACUCCAAUCAUUUGGUGCAUCGUGCUUCAUUAUCAAAAGAAAAAAUUCGAUGUUCUCCAAACCGACAGGGAACGGGACGUCUAUUUCUGCGAGCUCAAUCGCCAAUGGGGUCCCCAGCAAACCGCCGAGCCAACUCGCUGCUUCCGUAAACACCGCGUGACAAUCAUCACUUGA